UUUUUUUGGUGUGUGUGUGUGUGUGUGUGUGUGUGUGUGUGUGUUUUGUUUUUUGGUUUUCGUCCUGUUUGGGUUUUUUUUUUUUUUUUGGAAGUCUCCUCUCCCUCGGACCUGCGCCGCCGAGCCGAGCCGAGCCGAGCCGAGCCGAGCCCCCGGAGGAAGAGGAAGGCAGCCCUGGAGUGCUUUCUUCACAGCGAUUUCAACACACGCGUGAGAGAUGGAACCUGAAGAAGAGAGGAUCCGCUACAGCCAGAGAUUGCGCGGCACCAUGCGGAGGCGCUACGAGGACGACGGCAUCUCAGAUGACGAGAUUGAGGGCAAGAGGACUUUUGACCUGGAGGAGAAGCUCCACACCGACAAAUACGGCGCGGAUUUCGUCACCUUCAUGGAGGGGAAAGAUUUUAAUGUGGAGUAUAUCCAGCGGGGUGGCUUAAGAGACCCUCUGAUUUUCAAGAAUUCCGAUGGGCUUGGAAUAAAGAUGCCAGAUGCAGACUUCACUGUGAACGAUGUCAAAAUGUGUGUGGGGAGCCGUCGCAUGGUGGAUGUCAUGGAUGUGAACACACAGAAAGGCAUUGAAAUGACCAUGGCUCAGUGGACACGGUACUACGAGACCCCAGAGGAGGAGCGAGAAAAGCUCUAUAAUGUCAUCAGCCUGGAGUUCAGCCACACCCGGCUGGAGAACAUGGUGCAGAGGCCCUCCACGGUGGAUCUCAUCGAUUGGGUGGACAACAUGUGGCCGAGGCAUUUGAAGGAGAGUCAGACCGAGUCAACCAACGCCAUCUUGGAGAUGCAGUACCCCAAAGUGCAGAAGUACUGUCUGAUGAGUGUUCGAGGCUGCUACACUGAUUUCCAUGUGGACUUUGGUGGAACUUCUGUGUGGUACCACAUCCAUCAAGGGGGAAAGGUCUUCUGGCUCAUCCCCCCUACAGCCCACAACCUGGAGCUGUACGAGAAUUGGCUGCUGUCAGGGAAACAGGGAGACAUCUUUCUGGGUGACCGGGUGUCAGAUUGCCAGCGCAUUGAGCUCAAGCAAGGCUAUACCUUCGUCAUCCCCUCAGGCUGGAUCCACGCUGUGUACACUCCUAUGGACACGCUGGUGUUUGGAGGCAACUUUCUACAUAGCUUCAAUAUCCCCAUGCAGUUAAAAAUAUACAACAUCGAAGACCGCACGCGGGUUCCCAACAAGUUCCGCUACCCCUUCUACUAUGAGAUGUGCUGGUAUGUGCUGGAGCGUUACGUGUACUGCAUCACCAGCAGGUCCCACCUGACCAAGGAGUUCCAGAGGGAGUCGCUCAGUAUGGAUUUGGAGCUAAACGGCUUGGAGUCUGGAAAUGGGGAUGAUGGAGCUGAGCGAGAGCCCCGGCGCUUGAGCGGUCGGCGAUCUGUCCUCACCAGCCCCGUAGCCAACGGCGUCAACCUGGAUUACGAUGGACUGGGCAAGGCCUGCCGAAGUCUUCCGAGCCUGAAGAAAAGCCUGUCUGGAGAUUCAUCCUCGGACUCUGGCCGGGGCUCCCACAAUGGCCAGGUGUGGGAUCCACAGUGUAGUCCCCGGAAAGACAAGCAGGUGCAUCUGACCCAUUUUGAGCUGGAAGGUCUUCGCUGCCUUGUAGACAAGCUGGAGUCUCUGCCGCUGCACAAGAAGUGUGUCCCCACAGGAAUUGAAGACGAAGAUGCCCUCAUUGCUGAUGUAAAGGUUUUGCUGGAGGAGCUUGCGCACAGCGACCCCAAACUAGCGCUCACCGGAGUCCCCAUAGUGCAGUGGCCCAAGAGGGACAAGCUUAAAUUCCCUGCCCGCCCGAAGGUGCGUGUUCCUACCAUCCCCAUCACGAAGCCUCACACCAUGAAACCCGCACCACGGCUGACCCCCGUGAGGCCAGCCGCCGCCUCCCCCAUCGUGUCCGGAGCCCGGCGGAGACGAGUGCGGUGUCGGAAGUGCAAGGCCUGCGUGCAGGGGGAGUGUGGCGUGUGCCACUACUGCAGGGACAUGAAGAAGUUUGGCGGGCCCGGGCGCAUGAAGCAGUCCUGUGUCCUCCGGCAGUGCUUAGCACCCAGACUGCCUCACUCGGUCACAUGUUCCCUCUGUGGAGAGGUAGAUCAGAACGAGGAGACACAAGACUUUGAGAAGAAGCUCAUGGAAUGCUGCGUCUGCAACGAGAUCGUCCACCCCGGCUGCCUCCAGAUGGAUGGAGAGGGGUUGCUAAACGACGAGCUGCCAAAUUGCUGGGAGUGUCCGAAGUGCUACCAGGAGGACGGCUCAGAGAAAGCCCAGAAACGGAAAAUGGAGGAGAGUGACGACGAAGCCGUGCGCGCCAAAGUCCUGCGGCCCCUGCGGAGCUGCGACGAGCCCCUCACGCCCCCGCCCCACUCCCCCACCUCCAUGCUGCAGCUCAUCCACGACCCCGUCUCCCCCCGCGGCGUGGGGACCCGCUCGUCCCCCGGGGCCGGCCCCAGCGACCACCACAGUGCCAGCCGGGACGAGCGCUUCAAGCGGCGGCAACUGCUCCGGCUGCAGGCCACGGAGCGCACCAUGGUCCGGGAGAAGGAGAACAACCCCAGUGGCAAGAAGGAGCUGUCGGAGGUGGAGAAAGCCAAGAUCCGGGGCUCGUACCUCACCGUCACGCUGCAGAGGCCCGCCAAGGAGCUCCACGGGACGUCCAUCGUGCCCAAGCUGCAGGCCAUCACGGCCUCCUCCGCCAACCUGCGCCACUCCCCCCGCGUGCUGGUGCAGCACUGCCCGGCCCGAGGCCCCCAGCGCGGGGACGAGGAGGGGCUGGGGGCCGAGGACGAGGACGCGGAGGACGAGGACGACGAGGAUGACGACAGUGCGGAGGAGGCGGACGUGGUCAGGCUGAACGGCCGGGGCGCUGGGGCUCAGGAUGGAGACGGGAGCUGGAUGCAGCGGGAGGUCUGGAUGUCUGUCUUCCGCUACCUCAGCCGCAGAGAACUCUGUGAAUGUAUGCGAGUGUGCAAGACGUGGUAUAAAUGGUGCUGCGACAAGAGGCUGUGGACAAAAAUUGACUUGAGUAGGUGUAAGGCCAUUGUGCCCCAGGCCCUCAGUGGCAUCAUCAAGAGGCAGCCCGUUAGCCUCGACCUCAGCUGGACCAACAUCUCCAAAAAACAGCUGACGUGGCUCGUCAACAGACUGCCAGGCCUGAAAGACCUCCUCCUAGCAGGCUGCUCCUGGUCUGCGGUCUCUGCCCUCAGCACCUCUAGCUGCCCCCUUCUCAGGACCCUUGACCUUCGGUGGGCAGUAGGGAUCAAGGACCCUCAAAUCCGGGACUUGUUGACUCCACCAGCUGAUAAGCCAGGUCAGGACAAUCGCAGCAAGCUCCGGAACAUGACCGACUUCCGGCUGGCCGGCCUGGAUAUCACGGACGCCACGCUCCGCCUCAUCAUCCGCCACAUGCCCCUCCUGUCCCGACUCGACCUCAGUCACUGCAGCCACCUCACAGAUCAGUCCUCCAACCUGCUCACCGCCGUCGGCUCCUCCACGCGCUACUCCCUCACAGAGCUCAACAUGGCAGGCUGCAAUAAGCUGACGGACCAGACCCUGAUCUACCUGCGGCGCAUCGCCAACGUCACCUUGAUUGACCUGCGAGGAUGCAAGCAGAUCACUCGGAAAGCCUGCGAGCACUUCAUCUCAGACUUGUCCAUUAACAGUCUCUACUGCCUGUCUGACGAGAAGCUGAUCCAGAAGAUCAGCUAAGCCGCGCCCGCCCAGACCACCGGAGGGAACCUUCAUCCUGCCUCCCCAGCCAGGAGAGCGGCUCUCCACCCUGCGCCGUGGCCAGCGUCCCACUCCCUCUCUGCUCUCCUGUCCCCCCCCCCCCCGGGCCGGCCCUGCCCGCUCACCCUGACCCUGCCGGGGGCGCCCAGCUGUGCGUGUUGGGGUGCCUGCUCGCUUCUCGCCUGCCAGGAGGCCGGGCUCCGGGCUCGGGGGGAGGAAGCCAGCGGCCAGGUUCUGGAGGCGUCCAGAGCGUGUCCUUCAUCACGUCACUCUCCCGGCUUUGGCAGGAGGGGCCGGCCGCCCGUGCAGAUCACACUGGUGCUGUUGAGGGGUGCGAAGCCCCUCGUUCGUGUCUGUGCUGCCCCCCCCAAUGCUCACGAGGCCACAGAGUGAGGUUGCCCUGCCCCAGACCCCUAGUCUCUAGGAGGCCUUUGUUGCACUUACUGGGGUGCAGGCUCUGCGGAGGCGCUGGAACUGUGCCCCAGGACACCCCGACAGAAUCUGCUUCCUAGGCAGAUUCUGAACCAGGCACCGCCUCCUCCCCUGCCUCCCACAAGCCCUUCCUCCUGCCCCACAAGGGGGCGUCUUCAGAGGGAGCAGCCUCUCCCCGGAGCAGAGAAGUGGGUUCGGUCAGACCAGCCCCCCAGCAGGCUGCAGGCUCCAGGGCCCAGGUCUGUGUUCCAGCCCAGAAGCUCACCGGUCUGGGACGUCGGGGUUCCUGCGGCUGUGGACGGGGUGUGCGUGCGUGUGCCUCUCUGUGUAUGUGGCUGAGUGUACUGGGUGUGAGUGGGGGGGGUGGGGGCCCCAGCCUCCCGCUCCUCCGCCCCAUGUCGAGCCCCAUCAGCUGCCCCCUUUCACUUCGCAUUAAACGGCCUGUCCAAAGAUCCUCUCUCUAGGGCAGCGGAGAGCUUUUUGCACUUUAAUGAAAGGACAGAAAGGUCGGGGCUCCUCUUGGGUCCGUACCGACGUGGCGAGAGCUCACGCGUGAUGGAUUUGCACUCUGCUCCCACCGGAAGGAAGGCUAGUCAUAGCACAACCUGCCCGCCUGCUCGCCCCCCCCAGCCCCUUCCCUGCCGCCCGACCGCACCAGAGCUGAAGGAGCCCCCAGCCCGAGCCCCAGGAGACACGCCACACCACGCCACGCCACGCCGGCUGCGCCCCCGCCACUUCCAAAGCAAUAGCGGCAGAGGGGUCCCCCUUUGCCACCUCGCCCGGCUCCGCCCCGGCAUGGGUCAUGGGCUGGCCUCGCAAGGGGCGAGGGGCGGCGGGUCCCGCGGGCGGUGGCAUCGCAUCUGCUUCUUCCUAUCUGCUGACUGGGCUGCACCUUCACAGCAGUCUGUGACCGUGAGUGACCCUGCGGCCCGGCCGGGGCUGGAGCUUUGAGGAAAUGCCAGUGACUUAUUCCAGAGUGCCUCAGUGUCGGGGAACUUCUCUGCAAAGAACCCUGGGUAUCGAGCAGAAACUUGAUUAAUAUAAUUGUUAAUGACCUAUAAUUGGAAGCUUCCUGCCUUUUUCGGUCGCUCCUGUGGAAAAUACUGAAAAGCUCCCUUUGUUUUGUUCCAUUGUGUUUUUAUCCAAGGGGCGGUGGUGAGACCCCUUCAGAGCAGGGAUUGUGCCGGGAGAGUGCCUCUGACUUGGGACGUGUUCAUCCACAGAAAUCUCCAAGCUAGUGGUUGGUUUGGGGGUUUUGGUUUUUAUAUUUCGUUUGCUUCUUGGUUUGGAAAACAACAAAGCAUUUUUACCGUGCACGUAACUCGGUCAGCGGAAAAGGGAAACCCAGGAUUGGCAGCAGGAGACCGAGGCACUGGCUGGGUCUUCCUUUUCUCUGGGACUUCGAGGGCUGGUCCCAGCUGAGGAGACAGGACUGUCCCUUGGGGGCAGAGGGCCAGAGAAUUCCAUCACGUCCGUCGCCUGCGCUCUGCUCCCGCUUCAGCCAGGAGAGCCUCCCUCCUCAGCCGAGCAGCCCCACAGCCGGCCUCCGUCUUUCCAAGCCCCGGGGCGAAAAACCACAAAGGAAAGGAAGAAGAUUUAUAUAUAUAUAUAUAUAUAUAUAUAAUAUAAAAUCACUUGGUGAUUAAAAAAAAUAACUCUCCAUAAAUAAAACUCCUAAAGUCACUAUGUUUAAA